AGCGAUUGCCAAAUCAUUUUCCAUUGCAAUGUCGGCGUAUUCUGUGCAUCUGGGCCUUCUGCUCCUCACCAGCUUUGUCCUGGUUCGUGCUGAAAGCAAUCGCAUUGUCAAGCUGCGCAAAUUUAAAAAGGUUCACGAGGACGAAAACUCUUUCCAAAGCAGCGUGGAGCUCGGGGAACCCGAUGAUGAGGGCCACAUUAAGCUAAGUGGCGAGAUAGCAACCCAAGUGACCCUCGAUAACGAUUGGAAGGUGAAUAUUACGCUUUAUCGAAAGGCAAGCGAAGACGAUAAGUAUGGCACAUUUAUGGACUUGCCUGUCAUUGGGUCUUGCGAUCUGAUGAGCACCUAUUAUAAGGACUUCUUCUAUGAGAAGCUGAAGGACUACUCGAAUGCGCCCCAUCCCGACGACUGUCCCCUGGCGCCGCAAAAGUUUCAUCUCAAGGAUUACCCUAUAAAUUCCUCGCAAUUGGGAAAAUUUCUGCAAGCUGGCGACUAUCGCGUUGUUGGCCAACUGGUCAAGGACGAGGAGCUCAAGCUAGAGUAUCUGGCGGAAUUUCAAGUGGAGUAAAAUAUGCUCAGUUGUUGCUCGAAUUUAUUGUGCAGGUCCAAAAUAAAUAAAGAGCUCAUUCGUAGUUGGA